CGCGUCGCUUUGUGUCAGUGUUGUGUUUUUCUUUUUCUUGUUGUUGUUGUUAAUUAUCUGUUGUAAUACGUCUGUCUUGUUAAUUAAUUUAGUAAUUCAGGCUGCAGUCUGCUGAUGACUGCAAAGCAGUCGCCCACAUUUAGGGCCUCGCCGCACAUUAAUCGCUCGCUCUCUGGAAACCCAAUCAAUUUUUUGGUGCAGAGAAGAAGCAACAGCUGAAAAAUCAGCAGCCAAAAUUUUUGCUUCGCCAACAGUGCAAAUACUGAGUGAUUAAGCCUUUUCGUGUGUGUGUACGUGUGCGUUAGUUAGUGCUUGUAUGUGAAUGUGUGUGUUGCCACAAUGCGCGCCACAAUUGAUUUUGAGGAAUGCCUAAAGGAUUCGCCAAGAUUCAGACAAUUCGUAUCCAAGGAGGAGACGGACAUCGAGCACUUGGAGCAUCGUCUAGAGAAAAUCAUCAAGCUGUGCAACGUUGCCGUCGACUCGGGCAAAGAAUAUGUCAAGAAUCAGAGCGCCUUUGCCAUGUCCUUAUGGGAUCUGCAGCAGCAUUUCCUGGACAACAAGAAUGCGCACAAUGCGCUGGGUAAACUGAUUCACUGCUUCCAGGAAAUGAACAAAUUCCAUACAACGCUGUUGGAUCAGGCGAGUCGAACGGUGCUUAAGAAUCUCAAUGAGUUUGUCAAAGACGAUAUCAAUCAGGUCAAGGACUACAAAGGACACUUUCUCAAGGUCUCCGAGGGCUACGACAAUGCGCUCAUCAAGAACGCGCAGGCUAGCAAAAAUCGACCACAGGAGGUUCAAGAAGCUGCGAAUAUUUUGUCCGCCUCGAAGUCUUGCUUUCAACACACCGCUCUCGACUAUGUCAACUAUAUAACACUGGUGCAGGCUCGCAAAGGACCUUCCAUACUGUCCACACUGCUGGACUAUUAUCAGGCGUGCGUGACAUAUUAUCAUCAGGGCUUCGAUUUGUGCAACGACUUUGACGAGUUCUUCAAGAACAUUAGCGAGGAUUUGAAUGCGCUGCGCGGCGAUUAUCAUCAGCUGGAGAAGGCCAUGCAGAAUCGACACAUGAGCGUGAUGCGUUACUGCGAUUCGAAUACGAACAGCGCCUCGCAUAAUGUCGAGGGUUAUCUGUUCAAAAAGAAAUCGAAAGGCUUCAAGACGUGGUGUAGACGUUGGUUCUACCUCAGCGAUAAUCAGUUGGUCUACAGAAAACGCAGCAACGAGGAUUCGUUUUCCGUCAUGGAGGAGGAUCUACGCAUCUGCACUGUUCGGCCAGUGAACGAAGGCGAUCGUCGCUUCUGCUUUGAAGUCAUCUCGCCCACCAAAUCCCACAUUCUGCAAGCGGACUCGGCGGAUAUGCUCUCUCUCUGGAUAUCGGCACUGCAGCACAGCAUUGGCGCUGCUAUUCAACAUGAUUCCACGCAUCAUCAUUCGAGACCGCAGUCCACAAAUGCCCCAAAUGCGCUGCCCGCCAAGCGUCGCAUUCAUUGGGAGGAGUUUCUAAAAAUACCAGGAAAUGCGCAAUGCUGCGACUGUCGUGGCUCCGAUCCCCGCUGGGCUUCCAUCAAUCUUGGCAUCACGCUGUGCAUCGAGUGCUCGGGAGUGCAUCGCAGUCUCGGCGUGCACUACAGCAAGGUGCGUUCGCUGACGCUGGAUGCCUGGGAGACGGAGAAUGUCAAGGUGAUGAUGGAGCUGGGCAACGAGGUGGUUAAUCGCAUCUAUGAGGCACGCAUCGCUGACGAUUGUGAGCUGAGAAAGCCCACCGAGCAGUGUGAGAUUGGUGUGCGCGAAGCGUGGAUUAAGGCCAAGUAUGUGGAGCGUCGGUUUGUCUGCGGCAUGCCCAAACCCCAAGAGCUGUUGGCCAGUGAAACUGCCGAAGUGCUGAGCAUAGACAGCGGCGGCAUUUUGGCUGAUGAUGCCGUCGAAGGCAGCAGUAGUGUGGCCUCAGGAGUUGGCGGCCUCCUUAGCGGCAAGCGAGCCACACUCUCACUUGGUGGGACUCGCAAGUGGACUGUGAAGAAGCUACGAAGGCGACGACGACAGUUGCGACCGCUACCCAAAACCCUAAGCGAUGAUCCGAGCAUUUAUAACACGGCCAAGACGGGCGACGAGUUGGACGAUGACGACGAUGACGAGUCGAUCAAUAUACCCUCAAUGUCGCUGAGCAUAUCGCGUGAUGAUUUGCUCGUCAUUGGCGAAGAUCUGGCGCUGGAUAGCUACGAGACGCCAGGCAUUUUGGGCAGCGAUCAGGAGAGCACUGAAGGUGAAUCGGAUGCCGAGCAGCCCGAAGAAGUUCCCUUCACUCAGCUCGAUGCGAAUAUGUUGCUCUACCACGCCGCCGUGGUGCAUAAUCUGCCGGUGAUGUGCAUGGCAUUUGCGCUGGGCGCCGAGAAGCAUUGGAAGAAUGCGCAGGAUCGUCAGCGUUCGUUCCUGCAUCAGGCUGUCAUCUCUGGCUCGGUGAUGGCUUGCGAGUAUCUGCUGUUGAAUGGUGCUGCUAUUGAUGCCGUCGAUGAGUUGGGCUACAGUGCACUGCACAUAUCCACAGCCAAAGGACACAUUGCGCAGGUUUAUUUGCUGCUGAAGCACAAGGCAGCCUACGAUCUGGCCUCCAGUGAUGGCAAGAAGGCGCUCGACAUUGCCGUGGAGCAAAAGAAUGCGGAUAUUGUGACGCUUUUGCGACUCACGCGUCUGAACGAUGAGAUUGGUCUCAACGACGAGUACAAUGGCGAGGAUGAGACCUACAAGGAUGUGAUGAAAGAUUUCUCGAACUUUGCAGCCAGCCAGCCGCGCAUGCUGCGUCAACGCAACGAUUCCAAUACGCUGGAAUCGCAGCGCAGCUCGCUGACAAACUCCGACUAGCAGCGACUUGAGGCGGAGACCUCGGCGCAAAGUGCUGGACAACAAACGCGUUAUAAAAGAUAUUCCAAUGUUUAGUUAAACAAUACAUUUCUAUAUACAAAUA